AUGAAUGUUGACGUUGCUUUUGAAUUGGAAAAGAGUCGGAUCGAUUAUCGCAAUUACAGGUAUAUUGAACUUGAAAAUGGUCUGAGGGCCAUACUGGUCUCAAACCUGAAGCCUGGUGAAGAAUUGCCCGAAGACAGUCUGUCUGACUCUGAACUUGAAAGUAAUAACUCAGGUAGUGUCGAUGAUGUGAGCAGUGCUACUGAGGAUGAUCCUAUUGGUGACCAAGAGGCAAAAUCAGCUGCUUCGUUGUGCAUUAAAGGGGCAGUUUUUCUGACCCACCAGAAGCUCAGGGUCUAUCACAUUUUUUGGAACAUAUGGUGUUUAUGGGAAGCUCAAAAUAUCCAACAGAGAAUGAUUUCGACGCUUAUUUAA